CAAGCGUCGCCUAGCAACCUCACCACAAACACACUUAUCUCUCUCGUGUGGGAGUGGGUAGCAGCAUAUUUCUGUGCAUAAAAGCGGGUGAAUUUUUACUUCAUUUUUUGCCUCGUCUAUUAACUUAAGGCGCGCGUGUGGUGAGGGCCUAUAGCAUCACCGAGGGGCCUAGGGUGAUGUGUGCAAGGGUGCGGGCGUCCUGGGGGUACUUGCUGUUGCUGCUCCUGGUGUGGGUGGGUGGCCAUCCCGUGGCCUCCUCCCCUACCUCUCAGCCACACUACACCUCCACUAAUGAAGAAGGCAUCUUGAGGGAGGUACUAGCAGGGAGACAGGUCUACAGCUACCGCUCGUACAAAGAUGUUCAGAUCUUCCACUUUUCAAUUCCUCCUCAUGUUUCACAGUCAGUGUACAAUUUCACUGCCAAUGAUUCUAUGGGUUGUGAGCCUCGCAACAUAACUAUAUUUCUUCAAGCUCAUAGCUACCCUGUCAUCAAUCCAGAUGGAGCCACAUAUCCACCUGGACUUUGGGUGAAUCGUUCAAGGAUGUAUGAGGUUCAUCUGCGAUCUGAUCUAAAACCUGCUUUACUAUCCGUCCAAUUCCCUGUGGCUGGUGAUUGGUUCAUGGUUGCCUUUAUUGAUGAGGCAUCUAAUCGAAUUACUCAAGCAGGGUUGUUUCCUUCAUGCCACUCUUGGCUACAAGCCAAGGUAACCCAUCAACAACAAGGAGAUGUUACAACUGUUGUGCCUGAAAUUCACUCCCACCAAGAGAUUCAGCUUUUCCAGAAUAUUGAGGAUUCACAAUACUAUAGGUUUUAUGUGCCGUCAUCAACAUGGAUGGUGAUAGUAAACAUCAGCAAUUGUUUGGGUCCUGAAGACAAGAAUGCAUCCUGCCCCAUUAAUAUUACCUUUAGAGCUCGAGCACUGCCAGAUCCUGAAUCUACAGACACAAUGUUCCACAACUGCAGUGAUGAAGUUGGAAAUUUGUGCACUGUUGAAUUCAUCCCAGAGGAAGAGGCAUGGCAUUACUUGCAACUUUCAACGCCUCCUGGUACACCAGUUCAACUCAGUAUGGCUGUUAAACUAUAUUUUUGUAACGAAAUAGGUGGAAGCAGCUAUCAUCUAUUGAGCAAAGUAAACUUAGGCCAGCUGUGCCCAGAGGAAACUUGUGUCAACUUUGAUACAACUUUCACCAUUUUCACCAAUGACUCAGAAGAACUUAGCAAGACCACGAUAUCCCCAGAGGAAGCAGAACCCAUUGUCUUUUUGCCUACAACAAAAACCAAGCAGCUGGCUGCAAAAAACUGUUGGACAAGGCACAACCUAGUCAAAAAGACCUUUGGUGGAAACUUUGUGUUUGAAUAUGACCUACCACCAAAUGAGAAUGGUUCUGUUCCACUUUUGCUGGAUAUAAGCAAUACAUCUCCAACUCUGCUGACCUUCAAUCUUGAGUCAGUUACUGAUAUUGGAGGAACCCUUGUCAUUGAGCUGGCCAUUUCACCAUUCAUAAAUAAUAAUAACACGCACAACAUAAGUGUUACUGGAUGUGUGACACUUGGCAGAAGAGAAGAACCAGAUGAGAAUGGGGAGUGUUCACAUGGUCAUCAGCUUCUAGUGAAUACCUCCAGUCUUAUGACAAGGGGUAUAAGUCUGCCUAUUCCUUUUCCGGAGCCAGGCUUGUGGUACCUCACCCUCAAGCCAUGGUGCUACUUACUGAAUGCAAGUGAAACUGUGGACUGCAGUGGGCAAGAUACUUCCAUACUCUUUCAUAUUUCCUCUGCAUCAUGCUUGGAUGGAAAGUGUGGCACAUAUGGCUCUUGUUACCAGUAUAUAUCUGGUGGCUUUAUUUUCUCUACAUGUGUAUGUGAUGCAGGCUAUCGUGGAUGGGGAUGCACAGACAGCUCUCAGGCCACACCCAACUGGGAGCUCCUCUUGUCUACACUUCUUUUGACCCUUUCCAAUCUGUUCUUCUUGCCAGCAAUCUUUCUAGCCCUGAAACGGAGAUACUUUGCUGAAGGCUUAGUAUAUGUCUUCACUAUGGUCUUCUCCACAUUUUAUCAUGCCUGUGAUCAGGAAGCCUAUGUCUUCUGUCUGAUGCGACUCAGCGUCAUGCAGUUUUGUGACUUCUACUCUGCAAUAUUUUCCUUUUGGGUCACACUCAUUGCAAUGGCAGACCUUCCCCACUCACUGUACUCCCUCCUGCAUGUUGCAGGUGCCAUGAUUGUUGCUCUUGGUGUGGAAUACGACAGAACUGGCUUGUGGGUGUUUGUUGUGCCCUCUGUCUCGGCAUUCUUAGUAAUGGCCUCAUCUUGGAUCUGGCACUGUAAACAGCAGCAGAGCUGCUUUCCAUCUAAACAGUACUGGUUGACAUCUCUCCUUCCUGGGGUUCUAUUAGCUGCCUCAGGCCUCAUCUGUUAUGCCUUCUUUGAGACUCACGACAACUACUACUAUGUGCAUUCUGUGUGGCAUGCCACUAUGGCUCUUGCUAUCCUUUGUCUGCUACCUCCCAGGAGAGAGAAAGAGGAGCUGUGUGAUGAGGAAGAGGAGGAUGUGGAGCCACUAUCGGAGUGUGAGGCCCAGCCAAUCAUGGCCGAGGCGCACAGCUAUUCCCCUGCUGUGUCUUAAAUGCUUCCCUGUUUGUUUAUGUCAUGAUAUUCUGUCUUUCUGUCAAAUGUUAUGUAUGCCAUUCUUUGUAUGCAUUCUUUUGUACUUUGCAAUGGAGAGUAAGCGUAUCAUUGUCUUGUUUUUUUGCUUCUACCAUAUAACUGUUACUUGCUUUAUGCAAUGUGAAAUUGAAUGUUAAAACUGAUGUGGACACCAGACCAGCUUUACAUGUGGUUUUAUAAUGAAAAUCUGAUUCCUCAUUGCACAUCUGUAUAUUGUCAGUCAAUGUAGUAAGGAACCUCCAUCGUCCAUUCAUGCUCAUCAUCAACAUUUUGACCAUACAUUGUAUAGUAUAACCAUUUAACCGUAUAUUCUCUUUUAGGUCUUCCUCUUUCCAGACCAUUCAUACAAAGUAAAAUGAUGGUCCUAUAGUUCUGUAAUUUGCAGCUUACAAGAAUGUAGAAUUAUGUUGCAGUAUAAGUAGAUAUGCCUACAUACUGAAUUGUUGUUAUUGUUUUUGUUAUUAUUAUUAUUAUUAUUAUUAUUAUUAUUAUUAUUAUUAUUAAGAACAAGGGGAGCAAAAUGUUACAAUAGCUGUGUAUGAAGAAAAUGAAAGCAGUAAGAGAAAAAAUAAUCAGAUGUAAGAAGUGUAAGACCAUGAAUGGGAUGAAUGAAUAAGACGUGUCUCAUCAUCCUACAUUAGUGGAGACUAAAGCCUGUCAUACAUGCUUGGUUUUAGCUGAAUCUGAUUGACCUAACCUUGAAGGUCAUACAUACACCCUCACAUCCACUAGGUCUCAGUUAGCACCAAAUCAACAUCAUGGCAACACCAUUCUUUUAAAAGGGAAGUUUCAAGACAUUUGAUCCUAUUCUUUGGUUAAUUCCUUUAAAAGUUUUGAGGGAA